AUGAGUCUCCUGGCGUUCAAUAUGGUAAAGAAGAGAAAGUAUGGAAGCCUAGAUGCUAAAGAAGACUAUACGAUAGAACUUCCAAAUGUUAAGCGUUCUUCCCAAGCAUGUGAUCGAUGCCGACUAAAGAAGAUUAAAUGUGACGGUUUGAAGCCUAGUUGUAGCUCAUGCCAAAAGAUUGGGUACCAAUGCAAGACUAGUGACAAGCUGACAAGGCGAGGGUUCCCCCGCGGCUAUACAGAGAUGUUAGAGAGAGAGGUCAUAAGGUUACAGCGGAUGUACGAAAGGGCGGUCACGUGCUCUGGAAACAAUUCUAGCCCUGAAAUGCGGGGAAGUACCGGGGAGGGGAGGGAGCAAUUACCGAAGCAGCAGGGCCAGCAGCCGCUGCCAUUCAUCAAUGAUUCUUUUCACUACUACCCGAACUACAGCAGUGGUAAUACGUAUCUUGGGAAUGCCAAUUGGCACGCACUAACGGGUUCUGCACUUGAUCCGACGCAGACGCCAUCCGAUGAUGUAUCGCUGACGGAGUACAUUACGCGCGUGUUUCAGAUUGAGGGUUCUGGGAUCCCACGGGAGAUAAUUCGCCUAUACCGAAAUGGAGUUAGUGAGGCGCGGUCUGCGGUUAAGAAGAUGGUAUCCGCGUUCUUAAAAGAGCACUCGCUGGUGCCUGUGAUGUAUGGAAAUGACUGGCGGGCUCGGCUACGUGCAGUGAUGGGCAGCAAAGAUGAUAACCAGGCGAAGCCUGCCGCAGAUCCACCUGCACUUUUGGCACUGCUAUAUAUUAUUCAAUGGAAUUGCAGCGUAUUUAGUCCGGAAACCCUUUUUAACGUGACUAAGAUAGUGUCUGUACUGGCGUGUGACGCACUGUCUGCAGUGCAGGUAGUGCUGUUGGCCUCACAAUACUUUAUGUCUCUGCCACGUGAUCUAACGACAGGGCAGAUGUCUGCGGUACCAUGGGCCACUCAACUAUUGAACUUGGCGUUUGCUCAUAUUAUUACCCAGGGAUUGUUCAUUAAUUGCAACAAACUGGUGCCAAUUGGGUCUUCUGAGAAGUUUGCAGAGGCUUCUCGCUGUAACCAGGAGACAUAUGAAACCCGUGUGGUGACUUUUUGGGUAUUUCAGUUUCUUGCUGCACUAUGGUCCUUUUUACAGGGUAUCCCGAAGACAGAUUUCUUGGCAGACGAGUUCAAGCCUCCAAUGGUUUCAAGUUUAAACAUAGUCGCUCUAAGACCCUUUCAAAUACUAUUAGAGCAUUUUCUCCAGUUGGAUGGAUGUAAUUUGAGGGAAGUCUUGCAGACCCAAAUUCCGCGGUACACUUAUGUUGUAGAGUCUUUCAGACACGCCUUGAACCAUUGGAAACUUUACCAUAGUUUGCAGGAUCACGACUUAAACGACAUUGUUGUCGACAACAACGAGCGGGUAGAGAUUCAGCUGACUUUGGCGUAUUUGUUACCUCGCUGGCUAACGGUUCGAAAGAGGCCGCAUUCACACCAGCUAUCGUGGGAGAUUCUAUCGCUAUACUACUUACUGCUGGCACACGAACACAGUGUAGCGAAAGUAGAUUCUCCAUACGCCCCGACACCGAUUUUAAGAGUUGUCCAUUCUAUGCCGUGGGAUAGUUGGGGAUUGAUCAGGGCCUGCUUUUUAGAUCUGGCUCAAGCACCUGGUUAUUUGGAUAAAUUUGCUUAUGAUAGAUACCGUGAUUUGGUCACCAACUGGAUGCAUCUCUGGUACGAGGAUGAUUCCGUUUAUCGUGAAGCAAUGGAAAGGUAUGGUGUCGGGAAUGUGGAAAGGUUUGGAAAACCAAUGCGCCUAUCCCAGGUAGUACAAAGUAUGAGGAGCAAAGGGAGCGGAAAUGUGGCAACUCCCGGGAGGCCAUUGUUGAAACCGCUACAGUCAUCUGAAGCUCUAAGUGACCCUUUCAAUAUGUUUUCAAACUUACCGGUAGUUGAAGACCCGCUGCCACCCCAAUGGAUACUGAUGUCCACUGGAUUUAAUAUGCUAUCAAACGAAGUUUCAGCUUCUGGUGCUAUCACUUCUAAUGUGAAUUAUGGUAGUAAUAGUUCUACCUUAAUUUCCGCAAGCACAACUGUCGCAGGAUGUGAUGCGUUCGCUAUGCUAGCUGAGGAUGAAGAUGGCUACGUAGAGGACGAUGAAAGCGGAGAGGAGGAACUGACUUUGUCCUUUGGUGCUAACAAGAGCGUAGGUGGGGUCGCAGGCGUCUCUUCACCAAGAUCUAUGCAACAUAAUCCGAGACCAACUUUAUUCAAUCAACGAGUUUCUUCAAGCGAAUUGGCCACCAGAGAUAGUACAAUGCUUAUGGAUAGUCCAAUAAACCACAAGGAAACAAUUCAGAAGGUGAAUGGCAACAACGACACUAAUGCCAGGAAGAUGUUGCAUUCAGCAGGGGUAAAGGAUUCUAAACUAGAUGUAGUACAUUAUGAUCUAAUACCGGAAUCCAUUGCAACCAAGAUGGGCGAAAAGGUAUUGAUAUAG